CGCGGAGAUGACGCAAGCAGCACCGGAAGCCGCUCCCGGGUUAGGUUGCGGACGGAGAGCGGCGGCCGCGGGUCCAGGCGCCAUGGCUGUGGAGCGGACCCAGCCGCUGCGAGGCUCUGGCGGCCCGAGCGCGCCUGGUCGGUGUGGGCCCUGCGCGAGGUCCCGGGCCCUGGGGCGCUCGCUCAGGUCAGUGCCGCGCGGAACACGCUCCCGGAGCCGGGGACCUGGGAGCGACAGACGGGUGGAAGGGCUCUGGAGUUGAUGUUAGACUUGGGAAAAUUGAGCCUCGGAGUUACUGCCUCGGUUUCCUUAGCUGCGAAAUGCGUUAGCAGUGACGUUCCAGGGCUGCCCUGAGGUUGAAAGAUGAAGUGUCGAGAGGUGUAUGAAGUGCAAGCGCUGUACUAACGUGAGGGACUGCGCCAUAGUUGUGGGUAUGCCAUGGAAACAGGUAAAUUUUUCCAUAACCUUAUGGAGAGAAAGGACUUUGAGACAUGGCUUGAUAACAUUUCUGUUACAUUUCUUUCUCUGACGGACUUGCAGAAAAAUGAAACUCUGGAUCACCUGAUUAGUCUGAGUGGGGCAGUUCAGCUCAGGCACCUCUCUAAUAACCUGGAGACUCUCCUCAAGCGGGACUUCCUCAAACUCCUGCCCUUGGAGCUCAGUUUUUAUUUGUUAAAAUGGCUCGAUCCUCAGACUUUACUCACAUGCUGCCUCGUCUCUAAACAGUGGAAUAAGGUGAUAAGUGCCUGCACAGAGGUGUGGCAGAUUGCAUGUAAAAAUUUGGGCUGGCAGAUAGAUGAUUCUGUUCAGGACGCUUUGCACUGGAAGAAGGUUUAUUUGAAGGCUAUUCUGAGAAUGAAACAACUGGAGGACCAUGAAGCCUUUGAAACCUCAUCAUUAAUUGGACACAGUGCCAGAGUGUAUGCACUUUACUACAAAGAUGGACUUCUAUGUACAGGGUCAGAUGACUUGUCUGCAAAACUGUGGGAUGUGAGCACAGGGCAGUGCGUUUAUGGCAUACAGACCCAUACUUGUGCAGCGGUGAAGUUUGAUGAGCAGAAACUUGUGACAGGCUCCUUUGACAACACUGUGGCCUGCUGGGACUGGAGUUCCGGAGCCAGGACCCAGCACUUUCGGGGGCACACAGGGGCCGUAUUUAGUGUCGACUACAAUGAUGAACUUGAUAUCUUGGUGAGUGGCUCUGCAGACUUCACUGUGAAAGUAUGGGCUUUAUCUGCUGGGACAUGCCUGAACACACUCACCGGGCACACAGAAUGGGUUACCAAGGUGGUUUUGCAGAAGUGCAAAGUUAAGUCUCUCUUGCACAGCCCUGGAGACUACAUCCUCUUAAGUGCAGACAAAUAUGAGAUCAAGAUUUGGCCAAUUGGGAGAGAAAUCAACUGCAAGUGCUUAAAGACACUGUCUGUCUCUGAGGAUAGAAGUAUCUGCCUGCAGCCAAGACUUCAUUUUGAUGGCAAAUACAUCGUCUGUAGUUCAGCACUGGGCCUCUACCAAUGGGACUUUGCCAGUUAUGAUAUUCUCAGAGUUAUCAAGACUCCCGAGAUAGCAAACUUGGCCUUGCUUGGUUUUGGAGAUGUCUUUGCCCUGCUGUUUGACAACCGCUACCUAUAUAUCAUGGACUUGCGGACAGAGAGCCUGAUUAGCCGUUGGCCCCUGCCAGAGUACAGGAAGUCAAAGAGAGGCUCAAGCUUCCUGGCAGGCGAAGCUUCCUGGCUGAAUGGACUGGAUGGGCACAAUGACACGGGCUUGGUCUUUGCCACCAGCAUGCCUGAUCACAGUAUUCACCUGGUGUUGUGGAAGGAGCACGGCUGAUGCCAUGAGCCACCACCGCUGACUGACUUUGGGUGCCGGGGCCGCAGGGUUUGAGUGCAACCUCUAUGGCAGCCGACUGCAUGAACCAAAGUUCUCACCUAAUGGUAUCAUCACGCAGUGCACAAUCAUUUACCUAUGUUUGCCAGGGGGCCAGGGCUCUGGGUGGGGGAGGGCUCGUUUUACUGACAUACAUCACAGCAUGCUAAUGGAUACAACAUCGACUUCAUUUGUAUUUAGUUACUUUGGUCAGAGUAAGAGUAUGCAUUUUGGGUUCAUCUUUCUUGAAUAUUGGUUUUAAGUAAAGAAAUUUAAAUGGUUCAUUAAUAUGCUAAUUGGUUGCCUAUAAAAACACAUUCAGUCUAUUAUUAAAGCUUUUUAUCAUUGCCUUUUUUUCUUUUG